AUGGACUUUGCUAAAGCUUUUGACAAGGUAUCACGUGAGAAAGACUGGCAAGGGAGUGACAGCACAGCAGCCCUGGCCCUCAAGUGCCAGCAACACAGCAGCCCUGGCCCUCAAGUGCCAGCAGCACAGCAGCCCUGGCCCUCAAGUGCCAGCAGCACAGCAGUCCUGGCCCUCAAGUGCCAGCAACACAGCAGCCCUGGCCCUCAAGUGCCAGCAACACAGCAGCCCUGGCCCUCAAGUGCCAGCAACACAGCAGCCCUGGCCCUAAAGUGCCAGCAACACAGCAGCCCUGGCCCUCAAGUGCCAGCAACACAGCAGCCCUGGCCCUCAAGUGCUAGCAACACAGCAGCCCUGGCCCUCAAGUGCCAGCAACACAGCAGCCCUGGCCCUAAAGUGCCAGCAACACAGCAGCCCUGGCCCUCAAGUGCCAGCAACACAGCAGCCCUGGCCCUCAAGUGCCAGCAACACAGCAGCCCUGGCCCUCAAGCGCCAGCAACACAGCAGCCCUGGCCCUCAAGUGCCAGCAACACAGCAGCCCUGGCCCUCAAGUGCCAGCAACACAGCAGCCCUGGCCCUCAAGUGCCAGCAACACAGCAGCCCUGGCCCUCAAGUGCCAGCAGCACAGCAGCCCUGGCCCUCAAGUGCCAGCAACACAGCAGCCCUGGCCCUCAAGAGCCAGCAACACAGCAGCCCUGGCCCUCAAGUGCCAGCAACACAGCAGCCCUGGCCCUCAAGUGCCAGCAACACAGCAGCCCUGGCCCUCAAGUGCCAGCAACACAGCAGCCCUGGCCCUCAAGUGCCAGCAACACAGCAGCCCUGGCCCUCAAGUGCCAGCAACACAGCAGCCCAGGGGGCAUCAGCUACUGA